CCGACUCCUGGCCUCCAAUCCCCCGCCCCACCAUGUUCCCCGCCAGGCUGUCUCUGGUCGCGAUCCUGGGAGAGCACAGACUGAGUAUCCCUGAGCUUCCUGGGUGGGGAAACGCCGCCUCGGGGGAUUUUGAGAAGCAUGUCUUCUGUUUGGAAGACUCCGUGUGGAUCAGAUGCAGUGCCUGAGAUAGUGGUGAAAAUCAUUGGAAGUAAACACUUUCGGUACCUCAUGGAGAAGCCAAAGAUCAAGGAAAAUGAGAACUUGAAGGCAGAAACUCAAACAGUACUCCAGAAAUCCAUGAUUGGUAGUGCAAGACAGAUGAGCAGAGACUCCCCAGCUCCUACUAAUCCUACUGAUCAUCAAAUCAACCAUGACCCAGAUGAUGAGGAAGAAAACAAGCACCAAGAGAACAACCAGAGCCCAGAGAACAACCAGAAAUUCCUCACAGGAGCACUCACAAGCAGAUUUCUGGAUGGCAAAAUUCCCAUCCAGGCAAAUGUCCAUUGUAGCUCAGUACCAACUGGAGACCAGUCCCUAUCCUAUAUCCAUGGCCUCCCCGGGAGAAACCUAGACUGGUCUUUGGAACAGAUGGCAAGGGACAGCUCUGACCAACCUAAAGAUUUUGGCCAGAGGCCAAGUGGAACAACAAGAGAAGACUCUUUUCUUCUUACCCUGGUCAGAAGAGAACUCAGCUCGCGCCCUUUGAGUUCUGGCUUACUAGAAAAGCUUCAGAAAGAGCUGAAGAUCCUGGAUCCUAUCUCUUCAGGAUUUCUUCUCCAGUCUCAGCUAAGCCACCUUUUCUUAAGACAGGAAGUCCCUCUACAGUUACCAAUAGUCAAGAUCCUUUGCCAGAGAUUUUCUAAGAGGGGCUCUCCAGAAAUGGUAUGGGUACUAUGGGUCCUGGACAGGAAGGCUUUCCUGAGCCCUGGACCAGGUUGUAUCUCUUUGUGUACUGCUCGUCAAGAUGCCAGCCCACAGUCAGAAGUGAGCAAGAGCCUGUCGGAGAUCUUGAUGGCACUAAGGACAACUAAUGGGAAACUCAACAUAGAGAACCUCAGUCGGAAUUUUCAAAAAGAAGAUGGCUCAUUUUCUGGCUCCCUGCCCCUACCCAAGGUCAGGGCUAUAUGCGGAAAACAUGGAUUAUAUCUGACUUUGAGUUUUCUGGAAACAUUGCUAAGCCACCAGAAUUUGGGUUAUCAUGGUGAAAUAAAAUGGCAGAAUUUUGUUGAACUGUUGAGUAAAGCUUCCUCCAAUUUGCCACAUGAUUUGCCUACAGGAAAGAAAGCAAAAGAAACCUCUGCCACUACCAUGCAGGCUGAAGCUGCAAAGAUAUCUCAAGGCAGAACAGAACAUAUGAAAAUUCCAGAAGAGGAGCUGCAACCAGAAAACCCUCCUGCUGAGAUUUCAGCCCCCAAAGAUCCCCUGAAAGCUUUGAAGGUCAGGCCAAUCUCACAGCCUUUCGUGACUCCAAUGAUGAAGAACGAGCCUGAAGAAUAUGAGACAUGGAUUGACAGGUUCAGGAAGCUGGAAAAUGCCCUCUACCUGUGUGACCUGACUAAUACAGGAGUCCUGGAAAAGGAACGGGCCAGACGCCUCAUUCACAACUACAAUCUCAUUUACAACCUGUCCCUGAGCCCUCGGAAAAUCGACCAAGCCUUGAGGAGAUUCCGUGCGGGAGAAAAUAUGCUCUUGGAGCCAGCACUCCAGUACUUAAAGGAGCUAUGAUAACAAACCCAUAUUGUGAGAACAGAUGUUUCCUUUUUCUUCCUUUCUACCCAGACACGUGUUUCUCCCCAGCCCAUGCAUAGUGGUGGAGACACUGUCACAGAGUCAAGGCCGAUGCAGCAACUGAAGAUGCUUUGGACUUGGGCUUCAUUUCUAGCUAUGAUACUCCCUGAUAGGCAGCUCCGAGUGACCCGAGAAAACCAGGUCUCCUCUCCUGAGGUGGCAAGAACCCAAUUUCUUAAAACCCCCUUUUAUUCCAGCAAAGCUCCUUAUGAACAUUA